AUGUUUGGAUUCUUUAGCCCAGAUCCAUCUGUUACUAUAACGAUUAAUGGAAAUCCAGGCCUUGAAGCAUAUAGAGAUAAAGUCUUAAAGAAUAAUCUUCCAACAUUUACCGAUGGAGAUAAAGUUACUGGAAAACUCGAAAUCAUCCCACCACCAGGCAAAGGCGUUUCACACAAAGGAAUUGUUCUUCUCUUGAUUGGUGAAUUCCGUCGUGCUGAUGGUGAACCAAUCGGACGCUUCAUGACUAAGAAACAAGAAUUAGUCCCAGAAGGCGAGCUUAAGAUUCCAAUCAAGCAAGAUUUCACAUUUGAUAAUGUCAAAUUCUUAUGCUCAACAUUCAAAGGAACAGCCGUAAACGUUACAUACGCAAUUCAAGUCCUUGUUAUUCAUCGUGUUAUAGAUUUCAAGGUCGAACAACAAUUCCAAGCAAUACUUUUCCAAGAACGACCAAAGGAUGUUCCAGCUAUUCAUAAUGAAGUCGGUAUUAGAAAUGUUCUUCACAUCGAAUUCGUUUUCCCAAGUCCAUCAAUCGAUUGCAAGGAACCUCUUGUUGGCGCCUGCUACUUUAUCCUUAUUAAAUUACGUAUUGUUCAUAUGGCUCUUACAUUAUAUCGCCAAGAAACAUUCCAGAGCGAUGAUGUUUAUAUAAAGAAGAAGACAGAGCUUAAGACAAUUGAAAUUAUGGAUGGAGCUCCUUGCCGUGGUGACCAUAUUCCAAUCAGAUUCUUCCUCGGUGAAGCUGACUUAUGGCCAUUCGAGGACUUCAAGGGUUCUCACCUCAAAGUCGAACACUAUGUUAGAGCUGUUCUUACAGAUGAAAACGAUAAGAAAUACUAUAAGCGCCUGAAAGUUGAAUUUUUACGUUUCAAGCCACAGUAA